GCUCUGUGGCGUUCAUUCUUUCUAUGGACCGGACUAUAGUCACUACUCACUACUCACUUUACAAAUAUUGCAUUACACAUAACCCUUGUUGUGUAACUCGUGUUAUUUAAAUUAACAUAAUCAUGUAUAUCGUGUCAAAUAUAGUAAAAGUUACUAUUCCCAACUAUUUAGCGAGCUUACCAAUUCCCGAUUCAAUCGGUGGUUGGUUCCGACUUGGUGUGCGUGAUUGGCUAGCUCUAAUCCCCCCAACUCUUGUUGUUGGUGGUAUUUCUUAUUACUCUUACCAGACUAUAAAGAAAGCAAAUGGUGCGAACAUAGUUAAUCCAAGCGUCAGAAAAGAUAUUCCAAAAGUCGUGGACUUUAUUGACAUAGAAGACAUUACAGAAAAGGCAUCCUUGUGUAGAUGUUGGAGAAGCAAGAAUUGGCCUUAUUGUGAUGGUAGCCAUGGAGCUCAUAACAAAGAAACUGGUGACAACACAGGCCCAGUGGUUGUCAGACACAAGGAAAAUAAGUAAAUUUUGUAUAAUUUUCAAGCAGGUAUUAAGGUGGUGAAUGGAAAAAAAAAUAUGUAAAAACGCUUCAUGUAGAAUUUGAUAAUAGUUGCUCUUAUAAAUUGCAUUUGAAGUUGUAAAACAGCUCUGUUCUAUUUUUGUAAAUGUAAUAUAUAUUGUUUAUUGUCAUGAACCUUGCCUACUUUACCGAUUUCAGUGGAGCAAAGAAAGAAUAAAUUAUUAUACAGCAUUUAAAAUUGUUAAUAAAAAUAAGAAAAUAUACCAUUAAAA